GCUGCCGGGCCGGCGAGGGGCGGCGCCAGGCGGCGGGUCCUUAGUCAAGUGACGCGGCGCGGCUGUCCUGGGCGCAGACUGCGGAGCCGCGGGGCUGCAGGGCGGUCAUGCCGGGGGCUCGGGUUCGCAGCUUCUCUCUGCUGCUGGCGCCGCUGCUGCUGUGCUGUGCGCACGGCUUGCGCCAUGCCUCCCAGAAGACGUUCAAGAUCGACUACAGCCGGGACCGCUUCCUCAAGGACGGCCAGCCGUUCCGCUACAUCUCCGGGAGCAUUCACUACUCCCGCGUGCCCCGCUUCUACUGGAAGGACCGGCUGCUGAAGAUGAAGAUGGCCGGACUGAACGCCAUCCAGACGUAUGUGCCCUGGAACUUUCACGAGCCCCAGCCGGAGAAGUACCAGUUUGCUGGGGACCAUGACGUGGAACACUUCAUUCAGCUGGCUCAGGACGUGGGCCUGCUGGUUAUCCUGAGGCCUGGGCCCUACAUCUGCGCGGAGUGGGACAUGGGAGGAUUGCCUGCCUGGCUGUUAGAGAAGGAAUCUAUUGUUCUUCGCUCCUCUGACCCAGAUUACCUUGCAGCUGUGGACAAGUGGUUGGGAGUUCUUCUGCCCAAAAUGAAGCGUCUCCUUUAUCAGAAUGGAGGGCCGAUUAUAACCGUGCAGGUUGAAAAUGAAUAUGGCAGCUACAUUGCCUGCGAUCAUAACUACCUGCGUUUCCUGCUGAAGCGCUUCCGCUACUACCUGGGUGACGACGUGGUUCUGUUCACCACGGACGGGGCACAGGAAAGAUUUCUGCAGUGCGGGGGCCUGCAGGGCCUCUACAGCACAGUGGACUUCGGAACAGGCAACAACGUCACAGCUGCUUUCCAAAUCCAGAGGAAGAGUGAGCCCAAAGGACCCUUGGUCAAUUCCGAAUUCUAUACUGGCUGGUUAGACCAUUGGGGCUCACCUCACUCGACAGUCAAAUCUGAAGAUGUGGCUUCCUCCCUCUAUGAUAUACUUGACCGUGGGGCAAAUGUGAACUUGUACAUGUUUAUGGGUGGGACCAAUUUUGGCUAUUGGAAUGGGGCCAACAUACCCUAUGCAGCACAGCCCACCAGCUACGACUAUGAUGCCCCGCUGAGCGAGGCUGGGGACCUUACUGACAAGUAUUUUGUUCUGCAAAAGGUUAUCCAGAAGUUUAACCCUUUACCAGAAGGUCCUAUCCCUCCAUCCACACCAAAGUUUGCCUAUGGAAAAGUCGUUCUGAAAAAGUUAAAGGCGGUGGGGGAAGCUCUGGACAUUCUGUGUCCCUCUGGGCCCGUAAAAAGCCUUUAUCCCUUGACAUUUAUCCAGGUGAAACAGUAUUUUGGGUUUGUGCUGUACCGAACAACGCUUCCUCAAAAUUGCAGCAGCCCAACGCCUCUCUCUUCACCCCUGGAUGGAGUCCAUGACCGGGCCUAUGUCUCCGUGGAUGGGGUCCCCCAGGGAGUCCUUGAGCGAAACAGCGUGACCACUCUGAACAUAAUGGGGAAGGCUGGGGCCACUCUGGACCUUCUGGUGGAGAACAUGGGACGUGUGAACUACGGCAAACAUAUCAAUGAUUUUAAGGGCUUGGUUUCUAACCUGACCCUCAACUCCAACAUCCUCACGGGCUGGACGAUCUUCCCACUGGACACCGAGGAUGCAGUGCAGACACACCUGGGGAGCUGCGGUGGCCAGGAAGGCAGCUGCCAGAGUGAAUCCCACAGCUCAUCCAGCUACAGGCUCCCGACCUUCUAUGCGGGGAACUUCUCCAUUUUCAGUGGGAUCCCAGACUUGCCCCAAGACACCUUUAUCCAGUUUCCUGGAUGGACCAAGGUAUGUGACUUCAUGGGAAGGGUUUGAAUUGAGGCUUCAAAC